GUGAUUUUAGCUGCAGCAACAUGUCUGCCUCCGUGGUGCGAGCAACCGUCCGAGCGGUCAACAAAAGGAAGAUGGUCGCCACAAGAGCCGCUCUGACACUGACUCCAGCAGCUGUGAACAAGGUUAGGUUGUUGUUGCAGAACAAGCCAGAAUAUAUUGGCUUGAAGGUCGGAGUGAGAACACGUGGCUGUAAUGGACUGACUUACACACUGGAUUACACCAAGGAGAAAGACAAAUCUGAUGAGGAAGUGUUGCAGGAUGGCGUGAGGGUGUUCAUAGAGAAGAAAGCUCAGCUAACCCUUUUGGGAACUGAGAUGGACUUUGUGGAGACAAAGCUGUCCAGUGAAUUUGUCUUCAACAAUCCCAACAUCAAGGGCACAUGUGGCUGUGGUGAGAGCUUCAACAUCUGAGCAUCGUGGAGCCUGCAUCCUCCCACACCAUUCCUGCUCCAAACCUUGUCCCAUCCAUAAAGACUGAAUGCUGAGGCGGAAGUAGGGCAUAAAGAAAUCUUUGAGAUGUGGAUGUGCCUCCUUUCCUUCCACUGCUCUUCCUGACGACCACACACAUACAUACACUCUUGGAGCAUACAUGUUCACGCUUAGAGGAAGGUUUAACCACAAUCUGUGUAGUCAAAACCAUCUCAGCAUAAUCAAUUUUAGGUUCAGAAACCUCUGACUGUCGACAACUGCUUUUAUUCAUUCUGGGCUCUGCUUUUAAAAAAAAUGGAAUGACCUCAAAAACAAGGUGUUAAUUUAGUGACUGUCUGCCAUUUUACAUGUAUACGCACAUUAUUUUCCUGAAUUAAGUCAACUCUCACCAUGACCUGUAUGCAGGAGGAAACAACAAAGCCCAAGGACAUAUUCACUAAAGCAGAGAGUUGAUAAGGUGUAACUUGGUAAAGCUAAGAGGAUGAACAAUGAAACUAUCCCUGAAUUGACAGAUGUUAAGGCCAGCAUUACCUUGAUGAUCACACUGUAAGACAGUACACCAUUAUCCAGUGUCAUGUACCGGCAGUAUGCAAAAGUGGAGGAGUUUGAGUGUCUUGAAACUGCUUUAUCAGUUUGUAUAGUCUUUGAAAAGUUAAAAUAUAUAUUUAUCUCUGUGUAAAUAUAAAGAAUGUAAAUCUCCCUUGAACCACACAAACGCACAAAAAAAAACGCACAAAACAUGUAUCCCUCACAGUGUACAUGAGGUUUAUGUUGGGUUUUUUUUUUUUGCUUGAUCAAAGCCAGGAACUUGUGUUUGUAUAGACUGUGCGCUCUUAAGAUUUGUAACCUGUGCAAUAUGUCUGUGUAUAUAAGAAAUAAUAAAUAGCUAAAUCCAUA